AUGACGCCAACGGAGAACCAAUACGUGAUCAUGGGCUACAACGUUGAGUUUCCACCUGGAAAGCGUCCAUUUCCAGCACAAUUUGCAGUAAUGAGCAAAGUGCUUACGGCGCUUAAGACGGAGCAACAUGCACUGCUUGAGUCGCCAACAGGGUCGGGCAAGACACUGGCAUUAUUGUGUUCAUCCUUAACAUUUCAAAGGCAAAUUGUCAAGGACAAAAUGGCGGAGCAAUUGCAAAAGUUGCAAGAUCCAGAAUAUCUUCAAAAAAUAAUCACAAAAGAAACUCAAAAGGCACAAUUAAAAGCCAUUGAAACGCAAGUGGAAAUUCUCAUGGCUCAGGAACAAGUGGCAAUGGCGCAACAAGUAAGGCAACAACCUCAAUUAAUAAUUCAAUCAGACGAUUUGACUCAAGCGACUCAAGAACAAACACUUCACGAUAUCACUCAAGAUGAUGUACCACCUACCCAACGUAGUAAUUGGAUACACACGCGAGAUCCCGACGACACAAAUCAAAGUCACCACAAACGUUUGUUGCCAGCAUCAUUUGCAUCACUUGCAAGUGAAAAUGCAACUGAAAAUGUGACAAAGUUGCGGGUUGCCACUCCACGUAUUUUCUUUUGCUCGCGCACCCAUUCGCAAUUGACACAAGUUGUGAAGGAAUUGAAAACCUGUCCAAUGUCAUACCUAGUGUCACCAGAUGACACAAGCAAUAAAUUUCAAACGUGUGUACUUGGUUCAAAGCGUAAUCUAUGUGUUAAUCGCAAGUAUAAUCGUGAUCCUUUUCAAGUCGAUGAACAAUGUCGUGUGGCUCUGGAUCAUUCGUCGUGUUCGUAUUUUCGUAAACGUAAACAAACGAACGAUUUAAAACGAGUUGCACCAUUUGUAUGGGACAUUGAAGAAAUUGUGGCAUUGGCACAAAAACAUCGGGAAUGUGCAUAUUUUCAUUCACGAGAUGCACUGAUACAUGCAAAUAUUGUGUUUGCACCAUACAAUUAUUUAUUGGAUCCAACAAUUCGAAAUGCUAUGGGUAUUGUGAUCAAAGAUGCAAUUAUUGUAUUGGAUGAAGCUCAUAAUGUCGAAGAUACAUGUCGUUCAAGCGCUAGCGUCGAAGUGACGCAUGACGUUCUGCUUGCAUCUAUCAAAGCGUUUAUGAUGGUAAUUAAACAUGGAGAUCGACCAAAGUGGUACAAUAUAUUGCUGAAAGUCUUAAAUGGUAUCAAUCGAUGGUUAGAAAGAAUUGAUGGAAAUGCUGCAAAGAUUCUUCAAACGUCUAAUGAUCAUGGAAAAAAUCGAGUUUGGGAUGGUUCAGAAGCUCUUGCAAUGCUUGCAGAGUACGCAGGAAUAACAAGAGAAACAUUUGAUGAGAUUAAAGCAAGUGUCGAAGAAGUUCGAGAGUAUGAAAUGGAAUUAAGUUCAAAUGAAGAAUCCAAUAAGCCUCAAACACAAACAUCUCGAGAUGCUGCCGCAAAUCUAACAGGGGCAUCAAUUUUGUUGGGAGCGUUGGCAUUAACUACUAUCCAAAGCAUCAUAAAUGUCAUUGAGUACAUGUUUCGCGAUGAUCUCAAGUAUAUUGACGAUUUCAAACUUGUUGUCAUUCAAAGUUUCGAGACGACAAGUUUUCGAUCUCCAACAAAACGAAAUCAAAGCGAAACAAGCGAAUUGAAAUUUUGUAUCUGGUGUCUUAAUGCUGCUGUAGCAUUCUCUGAUUUGGCUUCAAAAGCCCGUAGUGUCAUUCUGACAUCUGGAACAUUAAGUCCCAUGGAUUCAUUUGCUGGGGAAUUAGGCACAGACUUUCCAAUUCGUCUUGAAGCAAGUCACGUUGUGAAUAUGCGUAAACAAGUGUUUAUUGGUGCGAUAAUGCGUGGACCAGGUAAUAUCGAUCUCAAGUCAACAUAUACGAAUCAGCAAGAUCCAAAGUAUCAAGAUUCGAUGGGUCAAUUGCUUUAUCAAUACUCGCAAUCAAUUCCAGGAGGAAUUCUCAUGUUUUUUCCAUCAUAUUCGCUGCUACAUAAACUCACGACACGUUGGAAAACGACAAAAUUAUGGAACGAGAUUGAAAAAGUGAAAACGAUUUAUAUUGAACCACGAAAUACUGGCAAAGACUUUGAGGUGUCAUUGGUUGAGUAUAGAGAUACGAUCACAAAGUGUAAGCUUUCUAGUGAAAUAGAUUCGAAAAAGACUGGAGCGAUCUUUCUCGCUGUUUAUCGUGGUAAAGUGAGCGAAGGCAUUGAUUUUUCCAAUGACAAUGCUCGAGCUGUUCUUUGCGUAGGGAUUCCAUACCCAAGUGUAAAAGAGCUUCAAGUGUGUUUAAAACGCAAAUAUCAAGAUGAAAAGAGUCGAUUGAAUCUUAAUCUUGUGAAUGGGAACAAAUGGUACGAUCUACAAGCAUUUCGAGCAUUGAAUCAAGCACUUGGACGUUGUAUUCGUCAUCGUGAGGAUUAUGGUGCAAUUAUAUUGUUGGAUUCAAGACAUCGAUUUAAUAAACAUAAUCAUUCUCUUUCCAAGUGGUUGCGACUGUAUAUUCAAGAAUACGAACACUCUGAAAUGUGUGUUCCAAUGUUUCACGAGUUUUUCCAGCGCAAUCGGAUUGAAUUGCCACUAAAAGAUUAUGAUCAGGUUGAAGAUUCGACUUUGUCUGACACGAAGUCCAAGCGUUCGCUUGUAUUAGAAUACGAAGAGAACAAGAAAGGAAAGAAAGAGCGGAAAAAAACACCAUCCUUUUCUUCAAGUCUCACAACAGUUAAGGAAUUUAUGGCUAAGCAACGACAAGAAUCAACAGAGGCUCAUGACGGAAUCUUUUCAAUUUUUCGACCACAAUCUUCGAAAUAA